AUAGGCCAUUCCUUCCACCUCGCGGGAAGUUGAGUCCUCUCUGGCUUACAUGGGCUCGUCGAGCCGCAGGAGACCCCACCCGGAGGGAAAGGGGGUGCCAGCGGAAGGGGGACUGGCUAGCUGACAUGGAGCAGAGGCAGGAUGUCCCAGUCCGUGACGUCUGUGGUGAGGUUCUCUACGUAUGACAAUAUCACCCACUCUGUUACCAAUGCCCUGGUUAUGGCCUCAGAUAAUGUGACAGCUCUGCCCCAAACAACAACAUGGGCAAUCAACGACACCAACAUCACUGUGCCACACAAGUGCCUGCUCCUGCUAUAUGAAGACAUCGGGAAGUCCAGAGUUCGCUAUUGGGACCUUAUGCUUCUGGUUCCCAAUGUGCUUUUCUUUGUCUUUCUUCUCUGGAAACUGCCCUCUGCCAGGGCCAAGAUCCAUGUCACCUCCAGCCCCAUCUUUACUACCUUCUACAUACUAGUGUUUGUGGUGGCUUUAGUUGGGAUUGCUCGUGCUGUUGUCUCCAUGACAGUCAGUGCCUCUGAUGCCGCCACAGUUGCCGAUAAGAUCCUGUGGGAGAUCACGAGAUUCUUCCUCCUGGCCAUUGAGCUGAGUGUGGUGAUCCUAGGCCUUGCCUUCGGUCAUCUCGAGAGCAAUUCCAGUGUCAAGCAUGUACUGGUGAUCACCACAGUGUUGUCACUAGCUUACUCUGUUACCCAGGGGACACUGGAGAUCCUCUACCCUGAUGCUCACCUCUCAGCGGAAGACUUCAACAUCUAUGGCCAUGGAGGAAGGCACUUCUGGCUCGCCAGCUCCUGUUUCUUCUUUCUGGUCUAUUCCUUGGUGGUGAUUCUUCCAAAAACUCCCCUGAAAGACCGGAUUUCUCUGCCAUCUAGGAAGAGUUUUUAUGUCUAUGCUGGAAUUCUCGCUUUGCUGAAUCUGGUGCAGGGCUUGGGCAGCGCCCUUCUCUGUGUGGAUAUCAUAGAAGGAUUGUGCUGUGUCGACGUCACCACGUUCCUCUACUUCAGCUUCUUUGCACCUCUCAUUUAUGUGGCAUUCCUGAAAGGCUUCUUUGGGUCUGAGCCAAAGAUCCUUUUCUCCUACAAAUGCCAAGUGGACGAGCCUGAGGAUGUAGAUGUGCACCUCCCCAAUGCCUAUGCUGUGGCCAAGAAAGAGGGCGUGGAUUCCAGCUUCUACUCCAGCACCCAGAUCGACACCACAGCCUACCUGGAUGAUGUCGCCUCAAUGCCCUACCACGUGGGCAGUGUCAACAGCAUUGACAGUGACCGCUGGAAAGCCAUCAAUGCCUAAAUCAACCCAGACCCCCAGCACGAUGCCACCCUCCCUGAUCACACAGCUGCUAGGAUGUGCAUCACAGAUGGUCCUCAGUCACUUGAUGUGGCUUUUCCCUCUUCCCCUGGGCUUUAAAAAACCCAUUGUGGAACAAAAUGGCUCCAGCCCUCCCAGAAGGACCUUUUGUAUCUUCAUGUGAUAACAGCCUAGACCAGCUUUGUUCAUAAAUAUCUAAAUGCUGAACCUUCCUGAUCCUUGGUGUUCCAGAUGCAGCCGUGACCCAGAAGAUGGGCCUGGCUGGCACCCGUUCCUUUUCAGUGACUGAAAACACUUGUGUAACUGGGAGGGGAGUGGGAUUUUGGGGUGGGCGAGUUGAGAUUGGCUUCUCCAGGGUGCAUAUGUGCGAAGCAUUCAGCACAUGGAGCCAAAGGCACUUUCAUGGGCUGUCUCAACAGGUCCCAUUUCCCCAGUCAUAUUGCAUUGUAUUGUAGGAAGAGCGCUGUAUGGAGAGAGGAAGCCUGGGAGAGCAGGGCUACUCCUCAAUUCCAGCAGAUACUGAUGGAAAUCAUGAACUGUAGUAAAAUGAGAGUUACAAAGAGUGUUUUGGGCGUGUAUGGGAGAAGGCUCACUGAUGAGCGAACUGUUAAAUAUGUCCUGUGACCAUUACGGGGGCACUGUCUGGGAUCUGGCAGAUCAGCUAUAUCCUGGGUCAAGGAAAGAGACUUUUAAAGAGCCAGCAUUGCUGUCUGUUGGAGAGACAGUGGCUAUGGAAGGGUCUCUGAAGACCAUGCUUAUGCCCAACUGAACUCAUACUGUGAACUUGCGGUGUCAAGCGGCUAUGUAUUUUACACUGAAUUAGGGUUGAAUUUUAAGAAUAAAAUUGGCCCAGUAUGA